CCACGGGAGGCGGCGCGAUGGCGACAGGGCGCGAAGGUAGCCGCGCGACGCGCAACGUGGGGCGCGAUGCGUGAAGUUCGGCGGCGUAGAUCCUUGAUCCGAGCUUUGUCGAAUUCUGAAUCGAAUCUGAAUCCGUAGCCAUUUUGGCUCAAGCCAUUUUGGCUCAAGUCCCUUUGACAUCAAGUCCCAUUGACAUCCUCUCGCAGCCUCUCACAUAUCUAGCUUCCGGUCUACACCAAUCAUGGCUCAUGCAUCCUCGUCUGUCCAGCACGCGCUUGCGAGUUUUCUUGUAUCUGCUCCGGCCGAGCCUGAGACGAAGAAGCCGCGCGAGCAGGAGGGUGCCCUCAGCUCAGAGCACAAGAAACUCAUCGAUGUCCUGACCCACGUGAUCGAUGACCGUAUGGGGAAGCAGGCGGAAAAGAUCGAUCGUGCGCUCGGCGUCAUGGCGCAAGCCACAUAUCAGCAGUUUUCGGACCUGCGUAAGGAGCUCGAUACCGAGAGGAAGGCCAGGAAGGCGUUAGAGGAGGAGAUGAGGAAGGAGUUCUUUGAGAUCAAGAAGCAGGCCUCCCAGCGUGCCAGCUCCAUGCCGCCUUUUUCAAGCACUUCUUCAUUUUCCCCAGGGCAUGUAAGGAUUAAGGGUUGGUGCCAGUAUUCAGAACGACUCGAUGAAGGAGUAACCAGGGCGGAGGCGGAUGAGUUUCGCAAUAAACUGCUCCAGAAAAUCCCCAAGGAGAUCCAGCACCACGUCGGGCCCAUCCAGCUUCGCGGAGGCAGGAACUAUUCCAUCCGCAUCAAGAUCCAUCAAGAUGUACUUCAGGAAGUCCACAGCCUGUGGAAAGACAGUCUUGCAGCCGGCGAGGGCGACCUCCCAGGCAAGCAGCGGCCUUACGUCACCAUGGAGAGGGCUCCGGAGGUCCAGGUUAAGUACGCGCUCCAUGGGAAAAUGAAGCAAUUUAUCCAUGGGAAGCUUGAGGGUGAUCGUCGUUCAAUUCGUUGCUAUUGGUCCCCAGAUUUUGCCAUCUACGACGAGGGUGGGGGUGAGGGGGGCGACAUUUACAUCGGCAGCGUCACAGACUCGCAAACUAUUUCAUAGGGGAUCUUCUGGUCAGGAGCUUCUCGGGGGCACACCGGAUGAGCUGACCAAGAAGGUCAAAGCAGUGCGUCGUCAAUAGGGGGGCCCGGCAACACCGACACUCCGACAUCUGCAUGUAUAUUGUCUUGGAAUACGCAGAAAAAGGGAAAGCGACGGAUCGGGGAGAUCACCAGUGAUCUGAAUUCCACGGGGCUUUCCUCAUCUUUUGUGCUACUCCAGGAGAUUCCCACUUGGGAGCCAGGGGUGUGUUCACACAAUUUCGUUGUACAUAAAUGGCACGGUGCUGGCUUGGACGCGGGCUCUGGUGAUUGCGGGGUCCUUGUCCCAAGAGCGUUCAGUCACAUGGUCCGCCUGGGACGGGGUGGCAAGUAUUGGAUGGGCGUCCUCGUUGGCACCCUCGUUUUGUUAUCUUGCCAUUUCGUUGACCAUGAUGCUAUAGCUGGCCUGGCGGCAGAGGUGAUAGAGGGGACAGUCGAAUUCGUACAGCGUACAGGAGUGUCGUCAACGAGUUUCACCCGAUACUGUUAGCAUCGUUGCUGGCUUCGACGGCAACGUUACCUUACCAGGCAAACUCUCCGACCUUACCGGCCCUCUUGUCCUACCUCUUCUUCGAUCUCAUUCUUCCAGGAUGCAGAACACAAUAUGCUCGUGGAUGGCGGCAUUGGGAAUCCGUGCCAUGAACACCUUCGGCGAAG